AGCAGCGCUUCACCGAAACCUUUUUUAUUUUCAUUCUAAUUCUUGUCACUGGAAUGGGCGACGAAGAUUAGAAUCGAAUAAAUAAAAUUUCUGUGAUAAAUCCUCUUCUUUUUUUUUUUCUUCCGAAAUAGACGAUAGUUAGAUUGAAAGAAAAAAGGGGAAAGAAUCAAGGUCUUCAGUGAACACGGAAGCAAAAUGAAGAAGCACGAAACUCGAAUGCCAAGUUCCACUGAAACCCAGUACGAAGAGAGUGAGACUGAUGAGUCACUGUCUUCUUCAAGUUUAUCGGAAGACGAGGAUGAAGAAGAGAUAAAGAAGGAGCUGGCAGAUGUAACAUUUGAGGAGUUGCAGAAAGCUCGAUCAGAUGGGGCACAUGCGUUUAUUAAGAAACGAGGAGAAGACAACAAGUUAAAAAGGGCCAAUAAGAAUAGGCCAAUGGAGGCUAGUAGCAAGAAGCCAGUUCCUGCUUUUAGAGAUGUCAUCCAAGCUCCUAAGAAGGUUGUACGUGAUCCACGUUUUGAGUCUCUUUGUGGUACACUUAACAAUGAUGGGUUUAAAAAGAGAUACAAUUUUUUAUAUGAAAAUGAUCUUCCUGCUGAAAGACAGGCUCUUAAAAAGGAAUUGAAAAAAUGUAAAGAUUCCGAGCGCAUAAGUGAAAUAGAAGGACACAUAUCAUGGAUUGAUAAACAAUUGAAAUCUGAUUCAACAAAGAAUAUUGAGACACAGAUUUUGGCUAAGCACAAGAAGAAAGAGAGGGAAGCAGCAAAGCAGGGAAAACGUCCCUUUUAUCUCAAGAAAUCCGAAAUCCGAAAGCAAAGGCUUAUUGAAAAUUAUAAUCACCUCAAGUCGUCUGGAAAACUUGAAUCGUAUAUUGAGAAAAAGAGGAAGAAGAAUGCUGCAAAGGACCAUAGAUUUAUGCCAUACCGUAGACCUGGUGACAAUCUGGAAUAAGGUUGUUAUCCUUGUACUGGAAUUUUGCUGCCGAAAAAAAAUGUUUUAUACAUUUUGUCUAACAUCUUUGGGUUUUGGAGACAAUCUCUUGUAGAACAUCCCACAGAUUCUGGCUUUUGUGGUAAGUUUGUAGUCUUGUAUAUUCUGUAAGAUUUACCAACAACCAAUUAUUUUGGGGCUAAGAAUGGGGACCUUUAUGAGGUAUCCCUUGGUUACAAAGCAAUCGGCUGAUAUAGAAAUUAACUGAAACAAUGUACUUUUGACUUUCUACUUUGUUAAUGGUAUGAUUUUGACUCCAUAGUUUUAAUCGGGUGAA